AUGACUUGCCUAGUAGACCUCCCCAACGAAUUACUCGAGGAGAUAUUCCUACUCGCGACCUGUGGCAACCAGAGGGAGCUAUGCCAGGCUGGCGUCAAGUGGCGACGAUACGAAACACCCGAAAUACCCGAAAUUGGAUUACUAGCUUUACAUCUCCUACGACACCCUCAUCAUCGCCCGCUAGUACGAACCUUGGAGUUCGAUGAUUUGAUUACCCUGAAUGUAUUGGAAAGAAACCCCAACGAUGGGACCCGAGCGAACCUACGGCCAGAGACCCUGGCAGAAUUGGCAGAAGCAGCAGAAAAAACCAUCCCGGAAUUCGCAAAGUCCAGUAACUGGGGUUAUUAUAUCCGAAAAGGCUGUACAGACGCUAUCGCUGCGCUGAUCUUGGCCUGGGCAACCCAAGUGACUGAAGUGGAAUUUUCGCUUUCAGGAUUGACCGCACACCACGACAUCGUGCAUAAUUCGAAUAUCAUCAUAAUGCAAUUCAUCGAUUGGGUGGCUCACAACAUAUCCACGACGGCAAAUGACGACCUGCCUCUAGCCAAGUUACAGAAAAUUGACGUGGCAAACAGAGAAUUUGACGACACGGAACUACCAAUAUCAAUUUUCCAUUUGCCUAGACUCAGGGUACUUGAUACAUAUGGAUUAAUAUUUAUCAGUCAGGAUAAUAUUUCCAUUCCAGAACAUGGCUUCGCGAUCGAGGCACUGUAUCUCGUAGACUCAGAAAUUGUUGGAAAUGGGUUGUGGGAUAUCAUCAGUGGGUGUAAAAGGUUGCUCGUGUUGAGCGUUCAUCUGAGCAAUCAGGAACCGAUAUUUGCCAGCAAGAGAGCAAUCUCAAAUGCUAUUCUCCGCCAAGCUGGAUCGCUCAAAGAACUGCAUCUGGUCUUUCCAACGUGGUGUGUGAAUUGGCUCGACGAACCUCAACGCGUCUCGAAUCACGAAGAGAUUCCAUUACAUCGCUGCUUCCAACGUCUUCAAAAACUUGAAAGACUCUCAGUCGACGUGGAAGAUUUGCGCCCAAGUCCUGAAGAGCAAAUCACGCCAGACUUUUUCGGCAGCGCGCUGCCGCUUUCUCUCAGGGAACUAACGAUCAAUUGGAAAACUGGGGAGCCAGGCUCUCCUGCAGAAAUCUUCUUCCAGCGGGGUGAACUUGAUGUUUAUUUGGACGUUGUCAAUGCCCUCAAGGGCUUACUGGUUGAAGUUGGGGCGGGACACAGAAACCACCUGAGAUUUAUCUACCCUGAGGGAGUUCUUGGGAAUUCUGAUCAGAUGGAUGAGGUUAAGGAAUGUGCGAAAGAAAAUGGUGCUGUGGUUCAAGUGUGGUCAUUUGAGGAUAGGGAUUGCAUCGAGCCGGCUGAUUCGCGCGACUUGUAUGAGGCAAGGUAUCGAAGAAGCCCAGCUCUUCUGACAGAAUGA